AUGGCCGGCGGGGCUGUCGCCGCCCUGGUCGUGAUCGGCAUCGUCGUGUGGGUGUGUACGAAGAAGGCGAAGGAGAAGCCGAGCGCGGUCUCCCCAUCUCCCGAGUCGACGGGGACCCGCGGCCACGGCGGUGUGCCCCUCGAAGAGCAACAGAGUGCGUUGAGGGAGGCGGAGAAGAAGCCCGACGCUGAAUUGAUGACGAGGAAGCCGAGUAGGAUUCAAUCGAUCAAGGAUUCAAUUCGAAAGAAGCUCAACUUCAAGAAGGCGAAGAAUAACAGGAAGAGACUACUACUAGCCUAA